AUGGAAAUUUUAUGUGACUUUCGCAUCAAAAUACUUUCGAGCACAGGAGAAAACAAAAGAUGUGUGAAAUGUUAUCUGAGAUCAUGGUUAUCUAUUGACUAUGAUAUUUGCGUUACUCCAACAUCAUUUAUCUUCAUAGCAUUUUCGAGACGUAAAAGCAAUGCAAAAAAAUCACCUUAG